AUGUUUAACAGCACUUUAAGAAAUGCCAGAGCUUCGACGCUCCACAGGGCAUUUUUCAGACAGUCUUUCAGAAGAACAGCGCUGCGUUUCAAUGCAACAGCUGUCAAAACGAAGGAAAAGCCUUCGUUAAAGAAGCUUAUGCAAACCUACGGAUACUCAGCUCUAGCAGUUUAUUUGGGCCUUUCUGCAAUUGAUUUCCCCAUUUGCUUCUUCGCAGUGCAUUCCUUGGGUGAAGAAACCAUCAAAGUAUACAUCAACAAGGCCAAACAGACCGUUGGAUAUGGUCGUGACGAACAGGAAUUGAUUCAAGAAGUUAGAGCACAGAUUGCUGAAAAGGCGCGCAAGAAAGAACUUGGUGAACAGGACCAGACCACACUAUGGACAAGAAUUAAAGAAAGCUCUCUUUUAACAGAAGCUUUGAUCGCAUAUGGAAUACACAAAAGCUUAAUCGUAUUCAGACUACCGGUUACAGCAGCCAUUACACCAGCCACGGUAAAGAUCCUGCAGAAAUGGGGGUUCAAUUUGAACCGCUUCAACAAAGGCUUUAAAACCACCGGCGAAGGCGCCAAAAUCAAGUACAAGACUGGUGAUCCUAAAGAUUUUGUUAGCGGUAAAAAUAUUCCCAAGCAGGACCAGAAAAAGAGCAGAAAAUGGUUCGAAGGAAUGAUGUGA